ACGCGAAUAGGUGCGCAUCUUCGCAUCUUGGCAUCUCCGCGUCGACCAGAAAACUCGAAAAAAGGCCGAAACGAAAGUACCGACGAACGAGUUACAGUCACCGGAUAAGUCACAGUCGGUUAUUGAGUCGCAUUCACUGCCGUCGUCACCGUGGAGAUACCGCUGACAGGUUGGAACGGAACCCGUUUUUACUGGAGCAUUGCCAGCGGAUCGUAUCGGCAGAUGCAACCGACGUAGAUAAUGAAGUGCGUGCAAUAGUUAUUAUAAAAGUAAAUACGAAAAAAAGAGACCCGAAAAGACAGGCAAACCUCUAUAGAAAUGUCUCGUUAAAUAUCCAAAAGAAACUCGCCAUAACUUCAAAACUGUCUAUAUAAUAAUGGAUCACAAAUCAAAAAGUUUCCUAAGCUGACUUUAAAAAUAUUCGACACAGUGUGGAAAAAACUGAAAUACAUCCCCAAUCAGUGGGUAAACUCGAAAACCAAACACUUAAGACCCGCUGACACAUUCUUUUGACCGAAGACUGAAGAGCCGCGUACAUUUGUAAAUCUGUUUGCGGCAAACACUUGAAGCCAAUUUGGUUUGCCCGGCUGUCGUCUGUGUGUGUCUUUUUUUAACCAUUUUGGUAACCGGCCGCCAAAGAGUCAAACAGAGUCAAUAAAAAUCGAGUUAAAACGGAUGAAAACGGACGAGCGAAAUAAAACAGCAAAGUCACACAAAACAAACAAAACAUUUUCCGGCUCCGGCGACAUUAACAGAACUGCUCGACAUCGACAAUUUGUUUUAUCAAUUUUCAACAAGGCCAGCCAGCAGCAACAACAACAACAAAAGCACAACACCCAACAAGCCAGCAAACAACAAAAGCGCCCAGAGUGCUUAGCCGUCGAGCACGCACGCCAAAUCCGCCCAGCCACCCAACCAACCACCCACUGGCCACCCACUUGAACCUCCCUUAACCACCCAGCACCAUCCCCACAUCCUUGGCCACCCCUUUUUCGAGGGCUCCGCCAGCAUCCGCAUCCGCAGCGACAUCCGCACAGUCGAAAAAAAAAAAUAAGAAAACAAUAAGCAAACAACGAGGGACGCCCCACAGUGAAGCCCCGGCACAGUGAACUCGCGUGUCGCCGCUGUUUAGGCCAACUCAGCCAGCGAGACAAUGGCUGCAUAUGCGCAGUUUGGAUACGCUGGCUACCCGACGGCAAAUCAGCUGACUACCGCCAAUACCGACAGCCAGAGCGGCCAUGGCGGAGGAUCGCCGCUAUCCGGCACAAAUGAGGCUUCGCUGAGUCCCUCGGGCGGCUCGACGGCCACCGGCCUGACCGCCGGUCCUCUGAGUCCAGGUGCACUUUCCCAGUCGUCGCAUCAUGCGGGCCACAAGGGUCUGUCCACAUCGCCGGCGGAGGAUGUGGUUGGUGGCGAUGUGCCCGUUGGCCUUUCAUCUGCCGCCCAGGACUUGCCCAGCCGGGGAUCCUGUUGCGAGAACGGCAGACCCAUCAUCACGGAUCCCGUGUCUGGCCAAACCGUGUGCUCCUGCCAGUACGAUCCGGCUCGACUGGCCAUCGGUGGCUACUCCCGCAUGGCCCUGCCCUCCGGCGGCGUGGGAGUGGGCGUCUACGGCGGACCGUAUCCCUCUAACGAACAGAACCCGUACCCCAGCAUCGGAGUGGAUAACUCGGCCUUCUACGCACCUCUGAGCAAUCCCUACGGCAUCAAGGACACCAGUCCCAGCACCGAGAUGAGCGCCUGGACAUCCGCCAGCCUGCAGUCAACCACCGGAUACUAUUCCUACGAUCCCACGCUGGCGGCCUACGGAUACGGACCCAACUAUGAUCUCGCCGCCAGACGGAAGAACGCCACGCGGGAAUCCACGGCCACGCUGAAGGCCUGGCUGAGUGAGCACAAGAAGAAUCCGUAUCCCACGAAGGGCGAGAAGAUCAUGUUGGCCAUCAUCACCAAGAUGACCCUCACCCAGGUGUCCACGUGGUUUGCCAAUGCUCGUCGCCGGCUGAAAAAGGAGAACAAGAUGACGUGGGAGCCCAAGAAUAAGACGGAGGACGAUGAUGAUGGCAUGAUUUCCGACGAUGAGAAGGAAAAGGAUGCCGACGAUGGUGGGAAACUCUCUACAGAAGCUUUCGAUCCCGGCAAUCAACUUAUCAAAUCCGAACUGGGCAAGGCGGAGAAGGAGGUGGACAGUAGUGGUGACCAGAAACUGGAUCUGGACCGGGAGCCACACAAUCUGGUGGCCAUGCGUGGACUGGCGCCUUAUGCCACGCCCCCCGGCGCCCAUCCCAUGCACGCGGCCUACAGUUCGUAUGCGCAAUCCCACAACACGCAUACGCACCCGCAUCCCCAGCAAAUGCAACACCACCAACAGCAACAGCAGCAGCAGCAGAAUCAGCAGCAGCUGCAGCACCAUCAAAUGGAGCCGUACUAUCAUCCGGGUGGCUAUGGCCAGGAGGAAUCGGGUGACUUUGCGGCCCAAAAAAACCCGCUGAGCAGAGACUGUGGCAUCCCAGUUCCGGCGAGCAAGCCCAAGAUCUGGAGCGUGGCCGACACAGCCGCCUGCAAGACACCACCGCCCACCGCGGCGUACCUCGGCCAGAACUUCUAUCCGCCCGCAUCGGCGGACCAGCAGUUGCCCCAUCAGCCGCUCCAGCAUCAGCAACAGCAGCUGCAGCAGUUGCAGCAGCAGCAACAGCAGCACCACCACCCGCACCACCAUCAUCCGCACCACUCGAUGGAGCUCGGUUCGCCGCUGAGUAUGAUGAGCAGCUACGCCGGCGGAUCGCCAUAUUCGCGGAUACCUACGGCGUACACGGAGGCCAUGGGCAUGCAUCUGCCCAGCAGCAGCAGUUCCAGUUCCUCCACCGGCAAGCUGCCACCCACUCACAUCCAUCCGGCGCCGCAGCGGGUGGGGUUUCCCGAGAUCCAGCCCGAUACUCCGCCCCAGACACCACCCACUAUGAAGCUGAACAGCAGCGGCGGCAGCAGCAGCAGCAGCGGGAGCAGCCACAGUUCCUCGAUGCAUUCCGUCACUCCGGUGACGGUGGCUUCCAUGGUCAACAUUUUGUACAGUAAUACGGAUAGUGGUUACGGACACGGACACGGUCAUGGACAUGGCCACGGACAUGGACUAGGGCAUGGACAUGGGCACAUGGGCGUCUCUAGUAAUGCCUAUCUGACGGAGGGUGGGCGUUCCGGGUCGUAAUUCGACCUUGAACCGGUUAGUGGAGAGCAGUUAGCAGUUACCAGAUACCAAAUAGCAAGCGAAACUACUUACACAUUUCGAGAUGGCGGGACAAGUGCAAGUUGGCGGGCAAUCCGCGAUUACGAUUACGAGUACGUUUAACAGAUAGCGAUAACUACACUAAUUAUUUUGCAAUAAAUGUAGCUUAAGUAUGGCAAUAAAACUUUAUUUCCUACCAUAUCAUAAAUUAUUUCGCUUUAUAACUUUAAUUAGCAUAUUCACACACAACCGCUGAAAUUCUGCGAGACGAACAUGUCUCGAUGGUGGUGCGGUGGUAGUGGUGGUGGUGCGGUGGUGCGGUGGUGGGGCCCAGACAUCUGAGCCGCCCACUUUGGGUUGCUUGUCAUGCGUUUUUUGGGGCCCGGGGCUUGAGUCAUACGGCUCCAAGUUUAAUGACUCGAAAUAAACGCACACCGCACGAGCUCAUUCAUCUUUCGAGUGGAGAACGUUGAGUAUGAGUAUAAUGAUGCCAGCUACUACUACUCCACCGUGUUAUAAAUCAAGCGAUCUUUUUGUCUUAAGACAAACAUUUCCUACCUUAAGUGCUUAAUCCAUGCAACUUAAUAAUUUUAGAUAGCUACCGCAUAAGAUCUUGAGGAAACAACACGUUGUAUUAGUGCUAGUAUCCUGUGAAUUUCGAGGAGCGAAGCAUUAGUUUUAAGAAUUUGCCUAAUCCCUUUGGACCUUCGACUUUCAAUAACGUAUACUCGGCCAAAUAAUUAAUCCGUGCACACACAUUAAUAGUUAAUUAAUGUAAUUAGCCACACACACAAUUCGUUUGAUAAAUUUGUAGAGAAUUUUUAAGUAUCUGUGAUAUAUGCAUAUAAACACAUACUAUACGAGCAAAUUAACUGCGCUAAUUUAGUUAAUUCACACUUACUUCUUUGCACACAAAGGCACUUGCGUUCGGCAAACUGGUUCGAGACACAUCUAAUGGCAUUCAUUUUGUAAUUGUAAAUAGUAUUUAUGUAAAUUUUCAAAUUUAACAAUAAAUAAAGUUGAGUAAAUCAU